AUGGACAAUCUCAAUAAUAGUAACAUUGUGCGCAACUACAAGAAAAGCGUCGAAGACUUAAAAAAAGUCAAAGCAUCAGCAUUUAAUUUAAACCGACAAACAGGAACUGAAAACUACAAGAAAAUGAGCACUCCUAAUGGGGUAAGCAAAAAGGAUGCAAAGUAUACAAUCUCACAUGAUGGCAGUCAGAUUUCUUCAAAUAGCAAUCAUUCCGAUGCUAAUUUAUUCUCGGAUAAUAGACCAUUCUUAUGCGAUUCAAGAACGUACUACAGUAAGGGCAGCAGCCACACCGAAUACAGUAUCCAUAGCAACCAUUUCAAACGAGUAGCAGACAUGGAAAAGCAGAAAAUAACCAAAGAAAAACGAGAAAGUAAUAUUCUUCCGUUAAAUAAAGCUCACCUAAAUGCGAAGAAUAAAUUUGUAAAAAAUAACAGUGCAGGCAAUUAUGGAAUAAAUCUAAACAAAUCUCUCGACAAAAUUAGCAAAAUAAGAAUUAUGCAAAAGUUUAAAAGAAGCAUUCAGAGCCACACCAAUACAAAGGAUGAGCACCGAAUUCGCACCUUCGAACAUGUUAACCUUUUCGACAAAUAUAUUGCACGAAACAGUACUAAAGCAAGAAUCUACAGUAACAACAAAAUGAAGUUUAAGGAUUCCUAUCACGAUGCCUUAGACAGCGCAAACACAUGCGAUACUGAAAUAUGCACAAAUAGCAAAAAGGUUUACUGCUAUAAAAGCAACUCUUAUACUGAUACCCCCCACAAUUCAACUAAAAAAUAUAAAAAUGAAGUACCUAAGGGAAGUGAAAAAGACAUCAGUUCUAAUUUUUCCCUAUGUGAUCAAAUUAAAAGUAAUCAAACUGUCAUUCCCAGUAGUACCAAUUCGCUAGACACAAAACGCACGGCCAUAUUUAACUGUAAAGCGAAAAUGCCACUUUACUUUCACCGUAUGAAACAUUCUGAAAAAUUGAAAAAUGUAAACACCCCUCAUUUGAAUAACAACUCCAAUUGUGACAAUGGCAAUUAUGCUAAUAUUAAAAUGGGAAACAACACCCCCGACGUUAAUGCUUUGGAAAAAAAUAACCCCCUCGAAAAAAGCAAUCUUACCUUUGGCGUGAAUAAACGAAUGGAACACUUGAACCUUUCAAAUUAUUUAUGUAACCAUUUACAUGGCCAAAAAAACGUGAAACAAGAACACAACAUAGCUCACGCCACAAAAAGGAAAGGUGAACUAAUAGAUCAAAAAGGUGCAAACUGGAAGGACUCAGUUAUACAAUUCAUGAAUGAUUAUAUGGAAAAAAAACAGUAUUGUCAAAAUUUACAAAAAUUUAAUGAUGCCCUGAAGAGUAAUACUCCCGAAAAGAUAAACCCAUUCAUUAACAGUUUCAAAUUGAGGAACUCCUUUAAUAUCAGCGGAAACAGCAACGUAGUUAUAAAUAAUAAAUCCACACACAGUAACUAUUUUAAAAAAACUGUAGAAGACAAAAAGACGAAAUCAAAGUUGUACGAAAAUUACGUGGACUUUGAAAAGGAAUUCAGAGAUAAAAAGAGUGAACCAGCUGUACUUAUAUUUCCUCAAAAUAAUUAUGAUGGAAAACAUCAUCCACAUUAUAGUUCUAGCAAAAAUAGCAGCAGUGCAGAACGCACACUUAGCAAGGUGGGGGAAAAAGCGGCUAUCGUAAGGAGUGAACCACUCUCAACAUGUGCCAACGCUUGCAAGAAAGAAGAAAUAAAAAAAGUCAGUACACACAUAAUUAAUAUUCCCUUAAAUUUUAAAUUAAAGAAAAAAAAAAAUAUAAAUUAUAAGCAUAUUAUUCAAGAUAUAUCUAGUAAGAGGGAGCAUAACUACACAGACGCAUUGUUAACUGAUCGUUAUAGAAAUUUUUUUAAUAUGGAAAAUGAACAAAAACAACAAAAUUCAAAUUUUAAUGGUAAAGUAGAAAUUUUCAAUAAAGGCGAAUUUCUCAGUUCCUUCUUAAAGAAGGAUACUCAUGAUGAUGAAUUUAUGCAUGUUGAAAAAUUAUUUCAUUCAGAUGUUGAAGACACGGUGAGCAACGAAAAGGAGGAAGAAGCUAAACAGGGAGGGGAAGAUAGGACACACGAUAAAGUGGAUACUCCCUAUCAUAAUGCAGAUAAUAAUAGCGCACAACUUAACAUAAAUAUCGCCAACAUGGAGAAACAAGAGGAACAUAAUUCCAAAUCCGAUUUGAGUACCAACACAGGAGCGUGCGCCCAAGAGAUUGAUGUGCAAGAACAAGUGUGUGAACAGAUGGCACGAUUAAAAGAGAAAGAUGGGGAUCGUGAAAAUGAACUACAGGAAUUAUCCCCAACAGCAACAGAAUUAACCCAGAAUUUUAACAAAAGUGCAAAUGAUAGCGAAAAUGGCAUAAAGGGCGAUAUACAAAGGGCUGAAAUUCCCCCUAGGAAUAUUCUGGAAAAACAAUGUUCGGAUGAGCAGAAAGGCCCUCACGAGACGGAACAAGUGGACAUUAAUCUAGAAAUUUUUGAGAAGGAAGAAAGGAAAGAACAAUGCAUGCAAAACAAAUGUGAAACAUGCAGAAGCAGUUAUAAAGGAGAAGAAAUGAGCUCACCUAUUAAUCCGGAAAAAAUUAACGACACAUAUAGCAGGAGCAUAGAUAAUGAAAACUCUUUAAAAAGUUGUGUAACGAGGGACAACCAUGAAUUACACUCAUUAGGCACAUCAGGCAACAUACGGAACGAUGGCACGUCUAAAAGUACAAUAAGCAAAUUUUUGAAAGAGGAAAAAUUGGACGAAGGAGAUUUAUACGAAUAUGAGCAGAUGGCAAGAGAACAAAAUGUCCAAGGGAAAGUUAAAAAAACAUACUAUUCUUCACAAGGCUAUCACACCAAUGGGGGGAAUAAAUAUUCUAAAAUAGAAAUCGCUAUUAUUAAUGAAAGCAGAAGGAGGAAAGGCAUAGAUCUACAACAGGAGGAAAAAAUCAUCACAAAGCAUGAAGGAGAAGAACAAAUAAAAGAGGAAAGCGUACAAGGGAGAUGCUUCAAAGACGUCCAGGACGAUAAUUAUAUGACACCAGAAUAUGAAGAAGGAAAUAGCGAAAUGAAGCAACAGGGCCGAGAAAGGAACAUUAACGAUAAUAUUACGAAGGGCAAAACAGACAAAUCGAACUCAUUAACUAGCCAAGGCGAUGUUGAACAUUGCAGGGGCCCCAUAGAAGACGAUGCAAAAGAGGAAGUAAGUGCAACGAAUUGUAAGCAGCAAAAUGGAAGAAACAAAAAUGCCUUCUCAAAUGACAGAAUUAACGGAAAGGAGGAAGAUUUAAAUUUGGAAAGUAUUCGAAUCCUAUUCGAAAUACAAUAUACAGAAGACGGAGAAAAGGGAAAAAAAGAGAAAAAGGAACUAACACAAAGUGGUUACUCCAUACAGGAUAAAGAGAAACUAGAGCGUUACGAAACUGAAAAGGAAAUAUCUCCGAGUAGCAAUGAAAAUAGGGAAGACGAUAAAUUCGCCUAUAAACAGAAAACCAAAAUAGAACCAAAGGGUGAUGCCGAGAAAACAGAGGGGAUCGAAAUGGAAACAGAAAAUAUGCACAAAGGGGACAAAACCAAACUGUGUGAACAGAAAAAGGAUUCAAAUGAAUGCGAAAAGAGUGAACCAAUUCAAAUCGGAGAUAAGGCAUGCAUAGAUGAAACUCUGAAUAAAUCGAUAUCUUAUGGAAAUGAGACAAAUGGAGAACAAAGUAAAAAUGAAAAAAGUAGAGAAAUGGAUUGUAAAAACUGCGAACAAAGUAAUAGAGAACUAUCUGAAAUUGACAUCCCAAUGGGCAGCAUGACCUCCGAAAAUGAUGAUAAAAGCACCACCGACGGGACAGGAAGUAAAAAUGAUAGUGUAAGAGACAGUACAACUCUUAAUGGCACGGACACUCCGGGGGGGAAUAAUCGCAUAACCGCAAAUUAUUACUCUUCUGUUGAAGGCGAAAUUAAUGAGAAGAACAAACAUUCCCCUACUCAAAUGUUCAAUGAUGACAACGUUAAUAGGGAAAUUGCUCAUAUAAAUUCGAACAAAGUGACAAGGAGUGAAACAAUAACUGGUUGUAAUCCUCUCAGCAUAGAAAUAAACAAGAAUGAACUAUUUAAACAAUUACACAUCAGAGAAAACCGAUUACGCCACAUUAACGUUUUGUAUCACUCAUUCGACUACGAUAAAGGAACAGUUAGCAAGAAAAGAGGAAAUGGACCACAGAAUGAGGGGAAAAAUGGGGCAAAAAAUGAAGAAACGGGCGAAAUUGGCGCAUGCAUCAAUAAAGAUACUAAAACGGACAGAACAAAAAGUUACACGCAUAUAACACCCUUUGAAGAAAAGAUUAGACGAAUUUUUAACCUACCACAAGACGAAAACGAAGGAAUUAAACAGAGAAUUAGUAUCAUACAGAGCAAAAGAAAUCCCAAUAAUGAGUCAUUAAAUGAAAAAAUAGGUAACCAAUUGGAAGGCAAUAAAUCUAGUGACUCUAACAUAUUACGCGAAAAGGAUCAUGGUGAUGUAUCUCCUCAGAACGAACCAAUUCUCCAAAACACAGAAACUGAAAUAGUGAAGGAAAAGGAUAUUGAAAUGGAAGAUAAACAUUUUGCAGUCUCCCAUGAACAGAAUAAGGAACACCUCAUUGACCACAACAUUAACCAUAGCACUGAGAUUGGGGAUGAGGACGACCAUGAUGACGAUUCUGAUGAUAAUGCUGAAGAGAAGAACAUUCUGUUCGAAGACAUUAAAAGGAACCCAUGGCUGCAAAGUACGAACCUUUCUCAAAAUAUAAUACAGUACAUCCAAGUUGAAUCUGUGAAAUGCAUCAUGUUGUUUUGCUAUCUGUAUAAAAUAAAAUAUUUCCAAGGCAUGCAUGAUAUGAUCAUAAGUCUGUUUUAUUUAAACCUUGAACCUUACGAAAUUCUUUGCGUCUUUGAAAGGAUACUUAAUUAUUAUGCCCCCUAUUUGUACCUGCAACAUAGUUCGAUAUAUAGUUCUCCACGAAUUAAUGAAAGUACAGGCGCGCACAAGAUCAGCUCCGCCUUAUCAAACAUAACUAUGCAAAUAUGUAGCACUAAUGGGAAAUUAUUUCGCCUUCUGUUUCAAUAUUUUUUCCCGUACGUCAGCUAUUACGUCGAUACAGCAGUCAGCGACACUUGGCCAUCUUUAUUUUUCCUUAAUCUUAGCUUCAGCAAAUUCGACAACGUUUUCUGCUUGCUAUACCUAUGGAUGCGAUUAAUACAAAUGAAGAAUAAUACGAAGGAAGUUACUUGCGAUUUUAUUCUUUUCAUACUAUCCUUCUGCAUGCACAAAUUACGAAUGGUCAAAAAAGAAUUUUACGAAAAAAGAGGUCUAACUAGCAUGUUUACGAAUUUAACAUAUGCACUUUCAGGAGAAGACAAAAAGGAGGAUGCGAAAUACACACAAGAGCAGACGGAAAAAUACAGUCAUAAUAUAAUAAAAUUAGUACAUAGGAAUCAAAUCAAUCUCAAUACGGAUGAAUAUAAGGGAGAUGAUGAAAAGCAGGCAACACAUGAAGAAAGGGGCAAACAGGAAGACUACAAUAUUGAUGAGAAAAUUCACCAUCCUGUACAGACAAAGAGGAAGUAUACUCAUAAAGGGGAUGAAAAAGUAAAAGAAAUUAUUCGAGAAACAAAAUUAUCCACGUAUUGUUCAGAAAUAUUUUCCCUAUUCUUUGAAUUCAAUUCUUCUUUUGAUGACCAUUUAGGGGAUAAAUACAAAAUGCACAUAGAUUGUAUAAUAAAUGAUAUCCCGAGAAUUAGAGAUAUUAUUCCUUCGAGCUUUUUACACCUCCUUACUAAAUAUAAUUCGGCAUACCAAAAGAAGAAGAAAAUCAAGAAGAGCAACAGCAACAGCAACCACAACAGCGUGAAAAAAAUGUACGGAUGCACGAAAAAACUGAAAUCAUCCAACAAUUGGACAUCACCCCUGGAUGACGACUUAUGCCUACAUAUUAAACUGUCAGAUUUGGUUCUUAUUCAUAAAAAUGUAGAAGGAUAUUGUUUUAUUUUCCUGCGAUUAGUAAAGUGCCAAAUAAUUCUGAGCAGGUUGAUAUUAAUUAAUCCUGGUAAUUUGGUCAUAGAAAAUUUUGCGCACUUCCAAAAUGUAGACGAAUUUGUAAAGCAUAAGAAAAAACUGCAUACACCAAACAUGUACGGAAGAACAAUAUACAUCGUCCUCCUAUAUUCCAGGGAAAAUAAUGCUAAAUUUAAAAAUUCGAAUAUCAGCUCGAACGAUACGCAUAUGAACAACAAACACAAGACGAAAAUUACAAUGAAUGAGAAGAGUGAAUCCCAAAACGCAUAUUCCAACAGAGUUUUCUUCAAAAGAAACAACAAAAAAGAAUACAUGUGCAGCGAAGAUUAUUGUGAAUCUCCCGUAGAUAAUGCUUACCUCAAAAACCUCAUAACAACUUUGGUAAAAAACAAUUUCAAGCGUUUAACAAUAAUGAAAGUACACCCACAGGUGGUCAAAAUAAAGAAUAGGAAGAAUAUAACAGAAAAGCAAACAACAGAUCUGAUCGCACCUGUAAAAGAAAAUAGUUUUUUCUUUCAAAUUUUCAACGUAGUGAAAAGAAGGAUAUACCAAAAUAUUAUAAAAGAUAAUGAUCAUAAUGAGAACAUCCCCCCACUAAGCGAGCAAUCUCAAAAUAACAGUACAAAAUUGGCCUUAAGGGAAAACUAUUUUAAAAUAUUUACUGACAGUAAGAUAAGAAAAAGAAUAAAUUAUAGCAACAGAAAAGCAGUUUUGUCUUCAAAAAAUGUUAUGCACAGGAAGAAUGAUGAGAAUCCCCCAAAAAAAACAAAUAAUGACAUUCCAAAGGGCUCACUAGAUAAGAUUCAAAAUAAGGUAGACAAAAACAAUCGAAUGUUCCUCUUCAAAUUUCGUAAACGUAAUGAAUCAAAGAGACUAGUACAUCGUUUUAUGACGAUUAGAAGAAAAACGAAUUUAACAUUUAGAUUAUUUCCUAAGCCAUAUGUAGACGCACUUAACAAUCGAUCAAAUGCGAGAAAAGGCUGUGUGCAUAGAAGAUUCCCAAAACAGAGACUGAAGAAAAGCAUUUUCCGCAUUUUAAAAAAGAGAGAAAUAAAUUUAGAGAAAAAGAAACCUCACAGCAAUAAGAUAUCGUCGAAAGGCAGAACAGACCCAGAUGAUAUAGUUGGAACAGAAAUGCAUAUGUCCAAAACGAAUUACAAGAAAAAUAAAAACUUCAUUUUUAUAAAUGGAGGGCAAUUUGGUGAGAAUAUUGGAGAAAGGAAAAAUGCAAGUAAAGAAAAAAAAGACGACCUACUGGAAACUCAAAAAUAA